AUGGCCACACAGUUUGGGCCGAAAGUGGUGCUACAAGGAACCACCAAGAUGUCUCUAAAUGAGCGCUUUUCUAGGAUGCUGGAGAACAAACAGCCCAUGACAGUGACUAUUCGGGCUUCGCUGCAGGAGCAGCAGCGAGCCAGCGCCAGAAGCAGAAGACUGGCCCGGCAGAUGGAGAAUAGACCCUCCGUCCAGGCCCCAGUAAGACUUGAGCAGCGCCUGGCUAAUAGGAGGGAGAUCCAGGCGCAUUUAGGCCGACCCAGAGGCGCCCCGGACAGGGGAAUGGUGGGAGGACGAGGCCUAUCCAAACACCAGAGAGGCUUUCUCCGAGGAGGAGGAAGACAACGUGGGGGCCAUGCCACCAGAAGGCUGCCUAGGGGCGCGUGGUCGCUCCAAGGUCGAAGCCCGCUCCUCCGUGGUGAACAAGACUCAGCUGGCCCACCAAUGGACUCAAGCAGAGGUGCUCCUCCAGGUCGUGGUGGAAACGGGGGAAGAGGUCUGCCUGUGAAAGGUCGGGAAAGAGGCAGAGGUGCCCUCCCUCGCCCUGGACCGACCAAGGAGCAGCUGGACAAAGAACUAGAUGAGUACAUGUCCAACGUUAAAGGACCCCUGGACUCUGAGUCGGACGCCGACAUGGCACAGACAGAUCCUGAAACCCAUGACUGA